UAGAGAAGGGACUAUACGAAACUCACUUUGUAGAUGUAGUAGUUAUUACGAAAACUCAUUCAAAGUAAGAGAUAGAAAUGUGUUCUCUCGAGAAGCGUGGGACCCUUUUCAUUCUCACUCUCACCGGCGCCGACGGUGACGACCAACACCGCCUAGGCCCGCAGGUCAUCGCCUCCCUCCUCUCCACCCUCUCCCGCAUCGCCGCCGAAGCCAUCCCGGGAUCUGUUCUCAUCACCACCGCACACGGCAGGUACUACUCCACCGGCUUCGACCUCAUCUGGGCUCGGAAGGCCGAAUCCGGCGCCGCCGCCGCCAAUCGCCUCCAGUCCAUGGUCAAUUCCCUGAAGCCCGUCGCAGCAGCUCUGAUGUCUCUCCCGAUGCCGACAAUCGCCGCCCUAAACGGCCACGCAGCCGCGGCUGGUUUCCUUUUGGCGAUCUGCCACGACUACGUGCUGAUGAGGAGCGACGUCGGCGUGCUGUACAUGCCGGAGGUGGACCUAGGGCUUCCGCUGCCGGACUACUUCGCGGCGAUGUUCAGGUCGAAGAUAAGAUCCCCGACUGUGAUGCGGGAGGUGGUGAUGAGCGGCGUGAAGGUGAAGGCAGGGGAGGGGCUGAAGAUGGGGAUGGUGGAUUCGGCGCACGAUAGUGCGGAGAGCGUGGUGGAGGCUAGCAUGCGCCUUGCGGAAAAGCUAUCUCGUAGGAAAUGGGUGGGUGACGUGUAUGCUGACAUAAGAAAGAGCUUGUAUCCCGAUGCUUGUGCCGUUUUGGAUUUACCCCUCAAACCUCUUUUGGUUUCUAAGAUCUGAAAUCUACACUCUCCAUUUUAUUUUCUUACUUGUUACCGUACUACUUUCAAGUAUUAUUAGAAUGAAUAAUAUUUGUUUAUGAAACUGUA